UCACCACCAGCAUUCCUCAGCCUGUGGCUCUCCCAUUCCUGCCCCUUGGUCUCUGGGCACGGAGCCAGAGGGUUGUCCGGAGGCUCCAGGGCAAGGACACCUUGCCUGCCAUGCUGCCAGCCAGGAUGUGGGGUCGAACUUUCCAGAAGCAGUCAUGGAGGAACAGCAGUCAGACUCUUUCACCAUGCCUUAUCCAAAGAAUUGACCACAUUGUGAUGACAGUAAAGAGUAUCAAAGACACCACCAUGUUUUAUUCCAAGAUCCUGGGCAUGGAAGUCACAACUUUCAAGGGUGACCGGAAAGCAUUGUGCUUUGGAGAACAGAAAUUGAACCUCCAUGAGGUGGGAAAGGAAUUUGAACCCAAAGCUGCUCACCCAGUUCCUGGCUCCCUGGAUAUAUGUCUGAUCACAGAGACACCUUUGGAGGAAAUGGUCCAGCACCUUAAGGCUUGUGAAGUUCCCAUUGAGGAAGGUCCGGUCCCCAGAACAGGGGCAAAAGGACCCAUUAUGUCCAUCUACUUCCGAGACCCUGAUGGAAACCUAAUUGAGGUGUCUAACUAUAUCUCCCCAUGAUUCAGGGCUGGCCCUCCUUCAUUCUGUUCCCUGCCAUGUCUCCCUCUCCCUUCCUUCCUACAAACUCUCACCUAAGCCCAGAAAUCUCCAAGGACCUGGGCAUUUCACUCUUCCUACUCUAGGGGGGUGGGUUGCUGAUUUGGGUUGGGGACCAAAACUACCUGCCUGAAUAUCCCCCAUCCACGGUCCCCCUAAUAAAUUAAUAACCUCUCAAUGA